AUGGAAUUCAUCUUUGAUUUAAACAAGCAAGCGUUGAAUGAUCGCCUCGAACCUAUUCAAGCUUCUAAUAUUAGCAAUGUCCAAGAUGAAGUUCAAAUUAAUAGUUAUAAAUCAACAUUUGCAAUUAACAAUACGAACAAUCGUGUGAUUGAUCUUGAAGAUGAAUUAGGACUUCAUAUUACACCUGGAUUUAAUGAUACUGCACUGUAUUGGUCUCGUAUUCAAGUUAAGAAAGUACCAAUAAUAAAUGAGUUGUUGACACAACUCAUUACUAAUGAUGAAUCAACAUUAAGAUACUUGCAUGCCAAUGGAGUUUACUACGAUGAUGAAAAUGACAUAUUUUGCCCUGGUGGAACGCCAAUGGUUCUACGUCGUGCUGGUAGCCGUGGUCCUGUUUGGCGCUGUUGUGGGACGCGUAUUGUUAAUGAAACAGAGCGUACAGUAAUGCAAGUUCUUUAUUUCUGGCUGGCUUGGUGCAAUCGUAACCACAACCCUAUGUUCACAGGUAUCUCAACAAAAACGAUAUCUGGGAUCAUUUUGUUGGACUGGUACCAAAUGAUUCAGGAGGAUUUAAGUUGGACAGAUAUCUAA